AUGUCUACCCCUACAAUUGAUUCAAUUACUUUCAAAAAAAGAGUUGCUAUUUUACAGAAAAGACUUAGUGAUGGUGCUUUCAAUGGUGCUAAAACUUUAUUAAUCGUCACUGGUGCAUCUGAUGAAGAAAAUCCAUAUAAAAAGACUACAUCUUUACAUAAUUGGUUGCUAGGUUAUGAAUUUCCUGCUACAAUCAUUUAUUUCACAACUGAUAAAGUUGUAUUCAUCACUUCUGCUGGGAAAUUGAAAUAUUUAAACCCUUUGAAAUCAAAUUCUGUUGAUAUUUGGACUCGUACUAAAGAUACUGAACAUAAUUCUAAAAUUUUUGAUGAUUUCCUUGUUGAAUUGAAAAAAUCUUCUAAAAUUGGUAUGAUUACUAAAGAUAGUUUUAGAGGUAAAUUUAUUGAUGAAUGGAAUCUUCAUUGGAAUAAAAUUAAAUCAGAUUUAGAAAUUGUUGAUAUUGCAUCUGGUAUUUCUGGUACUUUAGAAAUUAAAGACGAUGAAGAAUUAAGAAAAAUUAGAAUUGCUGCUAAAUUGAGUGAUAAAUUAUUACAAGAUUAUGAAGAUGAAUUAACUGAAGUUUUAGAUAAAGAUGAAAAAACAACUAAUGUUGCUCAAAGUGAUAAAAUUGAAACAAGAUUAGAUAACAAUAAGUUAUUGAAUACAAUUACAAAACAAGUUGGUGCUGAUCCAAAUGCUGAUAAUUUAGAUUGGUGUUAUACUCCAAUCGUUCAAAGUGGUGGUAAAUUUGAAUUGAAACCAAGUGCUCAAUCUAAUGAAGAAAGAUUCCAUGGAUUUGUUAUCAUUGUUUCAUUAGGUUUUAGAUAUCAAUCAUAUUGUUCAAAUUUAAGUCGUACAUUUAUGGUUGAUCCUCCAAAAGAAGUUGAAGAUAAUUAUUCAUUUUUAUUAAAAAUUCAAGAUAAAGUUUUAGAAAAUUUAAAACCUGGUUCAACAGGUUCUCAAGUUUAUAAUAAAACUUUAGAUUUUAUUAAAUCUGAAAGACCUGAUUUAGAAAAACAUUUUUUGAAAAAUGUUGGUUGGGCUAUUGGUUUAGAAUUUAGAGAUUCCUCAUUUUUAUUAAAUGCUAAAAAUGAACGUGUUAUCCAUGAUAAAUCAACUUUCAAUAUUACUUUAGGUUUCCAAGAUCUAGUUAAUUCAAAAGCUUCUGAUCCAAAAAGUAAAAAUUAUGCUCUUCAAAUAUCUCAAACUGUUAAAAUUCAACACAAUGAAGCUAAAAUCUUGACUGAUUAUAGUACAGAUAUUUCAAAAGUUUCAUUCCAUUUCCAAGAAGAAGAAGAUGAUAUUAAAAAAGAAGUUAAUGAAUUAGGUGAUGCUCCAAGACCAAAAAGAGAAGCUUCAGCUCCAACUGCUAAUUCUAAAAUUUUAAAAUCAAAAUUACGUACUGAAACUAAAAAUCAUGAUGAAAAUGAAGAACAACGUCAAAAACAAAUUCAAAAAGAAUUAAUGGAAAAAAGACAAAGAGAAGGUUUACAAAGAUUUAGUGAUACAAAUGCUUCUGACAUUAAUGAACGUAAAGCUACUUUUAGAAGAUACGAAUCUUAUGUGAGAGAAUCACAAAUUCCAUCAUUUGUCAAAGAUUUAAAAAUUCAUGUUGAUCAUAGAACAAAUACAAUCAUUAUUCCAAUCUCUGGUAGACCAGUUCCAUUCCAUAUCAAUGCUUUCAAAAAUGGUUCUAAAACUGAAGAAGGUGAUUAUACCUAUUUGAGAUUAAAUUUUAAUUCACCAGGUGCUGGUGGUAAUACAACCAAAAAGGAUGAAAUUCCAUAUGAAGAUGAUCCAAAGAAGGAAUUUUUACGUUCUUUAACUCUGAAAUCAAAAGAUGGUGAACAUAUGAGUAAAGUUUAUAAAGAAAUUACUGAUUUGAAAAAAGAAAGUGUUAAAAGAGAAACUGAAAAGAAAGCUAUGGCGGAUGUUGUUGCUCAAGCAAAAUUAAUUGAAGCUAAACCAGGUAGAUUAAGAAGAUUAGAUAAUGUUUUCGCAAGACCUUCACCAGAUACAAAAAGAGUUGGUGGCUCUUUAUCAAUUCAUGAAAAUGGUUUAAGAUAUCAAUCACCAUUGAAAAUGGAUUCAAGAAUCGAUGUUUUAUUUAGUAAUGUUAAACAUUUAUUCUUUCAACCUUCCAAAGAUGAAUUAAUUGUUGUUAUUCAUGUUCAUUUGAAAAGUCCUUUGAUUAUUGGUAAAAAAAAGACAUUUGAUUUACAAUUUUAUAGAGAAGCUUCUGAUAUUUCUAUUGAUGAAACUGGUGGUAAUAGAAGAGGUCAAAGAAGAUAUGGUGAUGAAGAUGAAUUAGAACAAGAACAAGAAGAAAGAAGAAGAAAAGCUGCUUUAGAUAAAGAAUUUAGAAAAUUUGGUGAAUUGAUUUCAAAUGCUUCUGGUGGUUUAUUUGAUUUAGAUAUUCCAUUUAGAGAAUUAGGGUUUUCAGGUGUUCCUUUCAGAUCAUCAACUUUCUUAAUGCCAACAAGAGAUUGUUUAGUUCAAUUAAUUGAUCCACCUUUCUUAGUUGUUACUCUGGAAGAAAUUGAAAUUGCACAUUUGGAAAGAGUUCAAUUCGGUUUAAAGAAUUUUGAUUUAGUUUUUGUUUUCAAAGAUUUUAAAAAACCUGUUGUUCAUAUAAAUACAAUUCCAAUGGAAUUAUUAGAAGAUGUUAAAUCUUGGUUAACAGAUGUUGAUAUUCCAUAUACUGAAAGUACAAUCAAUUUGAAUUGGUUAACAAUUAUGAAAACAUUACAAGCUGAUCCAAAACAAUUCUUCUUGGAUGGUGGUUGGUCUUUCUUGGGUGGUGGUUCUGAUGAAGAACAAAGUAGUGAAGAGGAAGAAGAAUCAGAAUUCGAAGCUAGUGAUGAAGAUCCAAGUGAUGAAGAUGUUCAAAGUGAAGAUGACUAUAGUGAAGGUGGUGGUAGUGAUGGAAGUGGUAGUGGAAGUGACUUUGAUGAAUCUGAAGAAGAAGGUGAAGAUUGGGAUGAAUUGGAUAAAAAGGCAGCUAAAGAAGAUUCAAGAGGUGGAUAUGAUUAA